AUGGCAAGCCAAUCGACAGCAUGGCAGAGGCACCACCCCCCGGAAGCUGCAAGAGGGGAGUCGGCUCCAGGCGAAGACGCCAGCUGGAAGAUCCGCUAUGAAAAGUCAUGGCUGCACCGGCACUGCUCCUCACUCCUGUGCAGGGAUAGGCAGGCUCAGAAGGCCGGGCGGCUUUUCUCAGGACUGAUGGCAAUGAAUGUGCUCUUUCUGGGCACUGCUUUCAUCUGCAGCAUGAUCUUCAACAGGAUGGUCAUCACGGUGAACGACGUCUGGAUUUUCCUGUCUGUCCUCAAGAUCCUGGCCUUAAGCUGGAUAGCAUACUAUUUACUGUUCACUCGGCGGAAACCACAUGCGGUCAUAUUUCGGGAUGCUCAUGCAGGACCAAUUUGGGUUAAAGGAUCCUUACUACUGUUUGGAAUUUUCAGCAUCCUCCUGAAUGUGUUUGAUAUUGGGCAUACUGCCAGUCACAUUCAGUGCAAAUCCCAGCUGGAAUUCAUCUUCCCAGCCAUAGAAAUUCUCUUCAUCUCCAUUCAGACAUACUUUAUAUGGUGUCAUGCAAAGGACUGCACCCAAGUUCAGCACAACCUCACCAGAUGUGGACUAAUGCUGACCUUGACCAGUAACUUCCUGCUGUGGCUCUUAGCAGUGACCAACGACUCUGUUCACAGGGAAAUUGAAUCAGAACAGAACCAAACUGUGCAGGAAUUAGGAGGCAAUGGAACCAGUUUCUGCAAGUGCUUGAAUACAACAGCCUGUAAGGUCUUUCAAAAAGGCUAUAUUCUGCUGUACCCAUUCAACAUGGAAUACUGCCUGAUCAGCUGCACCAUGCUCUUUGUCAUGUGGAAGAAUGUGGGCCGGCGUAUUAGUCAGCAUCAUACGACUAUCAAGCCCAGAUUCGAACUCCAUGGAGUAUUUUUGGGGCCUCUGCUUGGCAUAUGUGCAACUGUAAUUGGCAUCUCUGUUUUUUUGAUGUAUCAGAUCCAAGCCACCGGUUCCUCUCCUAGCUACCAAGCAUUCAUACUUUAUUAUUCCUACUACCUCCUUUUGUUGCCUUUGAUGACAUUAGGGGCCUUAGCUGGGACUGUCAUCCACAGCCUAGAAGAAAGGGAGCUGGAUACAUUGAAAAACCCAACACGAAGUCUUGAUGUGAUCUUGCUUAUGGGAGCAGCCUUAGGCCAGAUUGCUAUCUCGUACUUUUCCAUUGUAGCCAUUGUAGCCACCAACCCUACACGUUUGUUGAACAGCAUCAUCUUAGCCUAUUCGGUGAGCCUUAUCAUUCAGCACAUCACCCAGAACAUCUUCAUAAUUGAAGGGCUCCGUAAGCAGCCAGUGUGGGAAGAGAUAGAAAAGGAUAAAACAGAAAAAUGUGAAGACAGUUCUCCAAAUAGCUACAAUCAAGAGAUAAGACAAGAGAUCCAGAAAGCCUCACAGAGCUACAUCAAGAGUUACAGAAAUUUGAACUGGAAAAGGAAAGCUCUGAAGGAGAUCUCUAGUUUCUUGAUCAUGUGCAACAUCAUACUGUGGAUCUUGCCAUCAUUUGGAGCACACCCAGUCUUUGAGAAUGGAAUAGAGCAAUCAUUUUAUGGAUAUUCCACCUGGUUUGCUGUUGUCAAUUUUGGACUUCCCUUGGGUGUGUUCUACAGAAUGCAUUCUGUUGGCAGUCUUCUGGAGGUAUAUAUGUCUGCCUGA